CACGAACCUUCUCAACCAUGCCCAUUAAUGCUUUUUACAUGCAUCUAUAUAUCACAAGGUUAAGUCUCUACUUCAAUCACAACACAACUUCAGCUUUGAGAUAAAAGCUUAAACUAAAACCCACAAGAAACGGAGAUGGGUUUGGUCACAGAGGAGGUGAGAGCUAAGGCAGAGAUGUACACGGGAGAUGAGAUAUGCCGGGAGAAGACAAAAUGCUUCCUCAAGGAAAUAUCUAUGCCCAAUGGCUUACUACCUUUGAAGGACAUAGAAGAGGCUGGGUAUGACAGAGAGUCAGGUGUUGUGUGGCUGAAGCAGAAACAGAGCAUCACCCACAAGUUCGAAAAUAUCGAUAAGCUUGUCUCCUAUGGAACCGAGGUCACUGCCGUGGUCAAAACCGGGAAGAUCAAGAAGCUCACUGGAGUCAAGGCCAAGGAGCUUCUUAUUUGGGUCAGUGUCAGUGAGAUCUAUACAGAGGAAAAAGAGAAGAUCACCUUUAAGUCACCAACCACACUGUCCAGGACUUUCCCUGUCUCAGCUUUUAUUGUCCCAGAGGAAGUGGAAGCAGCCAAGGAAGAGCCUGCUAAGGAGAAGAGCAGUGAAGCCACCGAGGAGGUCACCGAGGAAGAACCUGCCAAGGAGGCUGCCAAGGUUGAACCUGCCAAAGAGGCUGUUGCCGUCAAGGAGGCCUAACCAAGCUUAUCACUGCUUCUAUAGUAAAAAGAGACCAAAAUCUUUUGAAGUGUGCUUCAACAAUUUAAACCGACCUUUGAGAGUUAGUGCUUCUCACUGCUCUUACUCUCAUCUAUUACCUACCACUCGUUGCUGCUUAUUUUUACCUGUAAUAAGAUGUCAACAUCAUCCUGUUCUUACAAGUAUUACCGUAUAAUUAUUUAUAAACUACACUGAAGUUGGUUCUGUA